AUGACAAUCCUAGAAAGUCGUCAAUGUCAUUAUAUAAAGUCUCAUGAUGUCAAAAACUUACCUAACCUUAUUCUGGGAGGUGCAACAUUAUCUUCGCAAUAUAACGAUGAUCCCAAUUCAAUUCCGAUUGCAGAUAUGAUACGAUUUGCGUUUAGGAAUGGUAUUACUGCUAUUGAUACUUCUCCAUAUUAUGGAGAUAGUGAGAUCAUAUACGGGAAAGCAUUAAAAUCUAUAAAAAUCGAAUUUCCAAGGGAUACAUACUUCAUUUGUACAAAAGUCGGCAGAAUUGGAUCGAAUGAAUUUGAUUACAGUGCAAAUAAUGUGAGAAAGAGUAUAUUACGUUCUUGCAAAAGAUUAAACACGAACUACUUAGAUGUGGUUUAUUUACAUGAUGUAGAGUUUACACCAUUAGAAGAUAGCAUUGAAGCAUUAACCGAAUUGAAGAAGCUCAAAGAUGAAGGAAUUAUUAAAAACUUUGGACUAUCGGGAUAUCCAUUAGAUUAUAUUACCAAAUUGCUUGAUUAUGUGCAUGAUACAUGUUCAGAUUCAAUUGGAGAUUUAGAUUUGAUAUUAUCUUAUUGUAAUAUGAACCUUCAAAAUACAAGGUUACUUCAGUUUGAAGAUGCUUUGAGAAAAAACAAUAUUAAGACAAUUUGUAAUGCGUCAAUUUUAAGUAUGUCUCUUCUAAACUCUUUCGAGACAAAACCAUUCCAUCCUUGUUCAGAGGAAUUGAAACAAUGUAGUAUCCAAAGUGCUAAAUACUGUGCUUCGAAGCAAGUUGACUUAGCUGAUUUAGCCACCAGGUAUGCAAUCAGUAAAUGGUAUAGAAGAGGUCCUACUGUAAUUGGAGUAUCUGACAUAGAUGAGUUAAAAGAUGCACUAAACAACUACUGGGAAGUGAGAAACAACGAUGGUAAUUUAUCCAAGAAAGACAUGGAAUUAGUUGACCAUAUUCAAAAAAAGAUAUUCAAAGAUCAUCUGAAUGAGAGAUGGAAAUCUGGGAUAGAUCAUGCAAAGAUCUAA